UCCUUUCAUUCACUCGAAGGAUGUAACCAUUAUUGACAGCAAAAGUCUUCUGUGUUUUCUUUUCGAUUCACAGAAACUAGUGAUUUGAUGUAACAGACCUGCUUGCCACUGUUCAUGGUUCACUACGGAGAUCGUCUGGGCACGGCGACGGCGGCAACCAGCAGAACCCAACUCUUCAUGUGCCAGUUGGAGUGGUUCCUUGAAGAGUAGGUAGGGAAGUAAAAUGGUCUCACCGGGCCUGGAUGCAGCACCACUGUGUAGCCCCCUUUCCAAGCAGAAGGUCUGCUCUGAUUCUCCAACACCAGGGGCCCUCCAACAGCACCUCUUCUACGGUGAAUAUGAUCCGUUCAAAUACGCACCCAUCUUCGAAAGCGACUUUGUUCAGAUUACGAAGAAGGGAGAGGUGCUGAACAUUCAUAACCAGGUAACCGUGGUGACCGUGGGUGUGACCUCCACAAGCCCGAACUUCAGCCUCCCUAACGUCAUGCUGCUAGCCCGACCCAUCAACGCUCUGAAGGAGAUGAUGUGUAAUUGUACGGUUUCAGAUGAUAGAUGCCCCAUGGAGCUCACCAGGCUCUUUCCCCUGAGUUUUGUCAACAUCUCCAUCCAUGAUGUCUAUAACCGGCGUCUCCGCCUGAAGCUGGCCAAUGGGAGGGCUUUCUACCUGCAGCUGUACGUCCACCCUGAGUGUGAGAACGAAGUGUUUGAGCGCUGGAUGAAACUGGUGACCCUCCUGCACACCAACCCUGAGGAGGUGUACGGCUACGAAGCGGUGACACCGGAGAUCGAGUGCAUCCUGGAGCAGGCCAGUCUGGAGACCUCAGUCACCACGCUCUCUGACUGGCAGCUGGAGCCACCAGAGAUGUCGCCGGGCAUGAGGGAGUACUACGAGGCAAGUCGGGCGAGCAGCAAGAAGAGUAAGCAGAGCAAGAAGAGCAAGAAGAGCAAGCAGAGUGACAAGAGUGAGAAGACCGACUGCAGUGAGAGGACCCAAAGCAAGAGAGAGGGAAGCGAUGACGAGAGCUUGCCUGACUUCGACCAUGACCAGGAACCCUGGCCUCCUGUUGAACCGCCGAAGAAAGAGAAGAAAAAUCGAGGAAGGUCAAUAGGUUUCAACUUCUUUAACAAGGGAUCGAAAGAGAAGCUAACGGAUAAGGAACAUCAAUCUCAAAAAGCCAAGGCAGCACCACCACCAUCUCCCACAGUCCAAGGCCAAGAGAAAGAGUCAAAGGCGAUGCUUGAGAAAGAGGGUAAAGGUGACAGGAACAAAACAAAGUCGAAACAGAAGGACAAAUCCAAGGGCAAGGAAGACAAGGGGGAUAGGGAGAAGAAGAAACAGAAGACGAAGGAGGACAAGGAGAAGCAGAAAGCAGACAGGCAGCAGGAGAAAGAGAGGCAACAGAGGGAAAAGGAGGAGAAGAAGCAGAAACAGAAGGAAAGCAUGAAACAGAAAGGCAAGGAUGACAAGAGAGGGCAGGAAAAAGAGAAGCGGCAGCGGGAGAAGGAGGAGAGGCAGCAGAAAAAGGAGACCAAGCAGCGGGAGAAGGAGGAGAAGAAGCAGCGAGAGCUAGCAGACAAGAAGGGAAAGGACGACAAACGCGGGAAAGAGAAAGAGAAGAGGCAACGGGGGAAUGAAGACAAGAAACAGAAAGACAAGAAGAAACAAGGCAAACCAUCAGCUUCCAAGUCCAAAGAGAAAGUGGAUGGAUGAGAUAUCGACAGCUCAUGGCAGGAGUUGAGAGCAAGAGUAGGGAAAAGACUGGAAGAUGAUAAGAGUUAUCGAAUGGAUAAAGAGAAUCCACAACAGAAGUGAAUGGCUGGUGUCUAAGUGUAUUAGAAUGGAUCUAAUACCUUCAGGUGAACUGGGAAUAAAAUACUUCCUUGCAAUUUAUUUUGGUUUUGACAAAGGUUAAAGGUCAAACUCCCCAAAUACUUCCUUGUGAUUUAAAUUCAAAAUUCACCCAUUUUAUUGGGAGAAACCUCGAUGUAAGUCCUCCAUGUGGGUUGGCUGAGAGAUACAUGAGCAGCUGUCCCUGCAACUUUCCAAUAUCUCGCUGU